AUGCAAAACAGAGUAGUGCUUGAUGCUCUACUGGCAUUAAGCGGUGCUCAACUUUGGAAAGGCCGUGACCCGGCUAUGAAAGAAACUAUCCUGAGGCUGAGACAACGCGCGCUAUUGGGGUGCCAAAAGCUAUUGACCCAAUCUGGACUAAUAGUUCUGAUGGAUACUGCGAAGGCAAAUCAAGGUCUCUUGGGUGCUAUGAGCGCAAAUGAAAUCUUCGUGCCUCUGGCGUGCUGCAUCCUUCUUCUCUUAUAUGAGAAGCUAGUCGGUUAUGGGAAGGCUAAUUGGAUGCCUCAUCUGAAGUUUUUGGCACAGCUCUUUGACCGACUCCUUGAACCAGCACAUAGCGGAGCGUUGAACUCGCUUAUACAAAAGUGUCGGCAACACCAAGGAUUUCAAUUCCUGCACAACCUAUUUUUGUACAAUGACCUUAUCCAGUCCACUGCAGGGGGGACUUCGACGCUUUCUGACUAUUAUCGGAGGGUUCAGCGCAAUAUGCACUCAAUUGAUGAUGAUGCUUUAAUACCAACACACAACGCUUCUUUAGCCCCAGACCAACCUCAGAAACGAUGCACAAAUGGUCGUUUCUACUAUCCUUAUCUCAUUGCUGAAAUCAGCACUGGAAUGGAGAUACUUAAUGAUGCUGAUAUUGACGCCUGGGAUGGCCGGUUUGAUUGGCUUCCCAGUUUCUCCACGACGACCAUACAGCUUUCGGAUCCAACUCCAUCCCUACAUCUUCUCUCCAAGACAGAACUACUGCUAGAACCCGGGGCCAUUGACGACAAAGAGGAAAGGAUUAUGUCUUACAUCUACCGCGACACGGCGAAGGUAUACCUGAGGCAGGCUAGCCGGCAAAGGUCUGGUCAAUAUGAGGCAACAAAUCAUGAAAUAUCUGCCGCCACUGUUGCCUGCCAAGCAGUACGGAACAUUGUUCAGUUGCGUGAAGGAUCAGCGUUGGAGAAUGCACUACUUUGGCCAAUCAGUAUAAUUGCCAGGGAGCUCACCGAGGAGUGUACGAUUGAAAGAGAAUAUAUAUUGGGUCGGUUGCAAAGACUUGAAUCCCGUUUUCACAUGGAACAUUUCAGAAGAAUGCAGGAGGUUUUGAUGGCAACAUGGGCUCAGAAUAAUCGACUGUUUAUAAAUGUGGAAGCGGGAGUUGAGGAGGAUGUUUUUCUGUUUGGAUAG